AUGAGCGUAGAUAGAGUAGAGAUAUAUACACAACCAGACCAUCAUCAAUCAAAAAGACAUUCAUCAGUAGAAGAAUCAAUAAAAGAAAAACUAGAAGAUUUAAUAGAAAAACAUCCACCACUGGAUGAAGAACAAGAGGAAUCACAAUCACAAGCAAAAGAAAAAGAAGCUGCAGCAUUAGAAGAUAUAAAAAAAUCAAAUUAUACAGUACAUCCAGAACAAAGACUAUCCGAUAGUGAAAGUGAAAGUGAAACUGAAGAGUUAGUAGAUAUUGAUGGAUUUGAAAUACCAAAAGGGAAAAUUCCUUUAGAUUCACAAUUUUCAACUGAUGAAUUAAAAGUAUUGUUACAACAUGCACAAGAUGAAGGUAUAUUAAAAGAGAAUAUUGGUUUGAAAGUGCUAGAAAGUGGAGAAUUGGGUGAUAGAAUUAGAAUAGCUGAUAAAAUUGAGAAUACGAAGUCUAAAGAGAACAAUAAAACAGUGGAGAAAGUAGAAAAGGAAGAGGAGGUGGAUCCAAAAGCAAAAGUAAAGUAG